CUGACUUUCGAUCGUUAUUUCGAUUACCUUCGAUCGGUGAUUUUCGUUGUAUUAAAGCGGGUUUUGGCGGUCGUGGCGGAAUAUUUCGUUUAGAAUUUAUCUGUUCUUUUUUAUAAAAAUGAACUUUCAUUUCACUGAUACGAUUGCAACGAAUUUAGACAAAGUUUAAAUGAGUCUAAGAAGUUGGUUCGUUAAUCUUAAUUAUUUGGUAAUCUCUGGCGGUAUUUGUGUGUAUUCUGACUAAAAGUGCGGCUUUUGUGGAGUUUGUGAAAUUUUAAUCAGUGUAAAUUGUUAAGAACUGACUGAACAUUAAAAUGUCUUCAUUACUUCAAGCUGAGCUUGCAGCCACAUGUAAUGCAAUAGGGUACUUUGAUGCUGAUUCCCAAAAGUAUUACACUGAUGAUAAUACAUUAGAGACUGUCAAAGACAUCAUUAGAUACUUGAGAAGGGACGAUGAUACCCAUGAAAUACGUAGGUUCUUUGGUGAUGCUAAUAUUCUUGAGACUGAUUUACUACCCCUCAUCAAGAACCACUUUGACAAUACAGAGCUGUUUGAUGUUGUUUUGAGAUUGUUGGUCAAUUUAACUACCCCUGCAUUGGUCUUGUGGAAUGAAGAAGCACCGAAAGAAAAGACUGCUAGAAACUACUACCUUCAAAUUGAGGAUCAUUUGCAGAUCUACAAGCAAGCUUUUGCAGAUGAAAAGAUAUGGGCUGUACUUUCCAAGAAAUUGACUUCUGUUCUUGACAUUGACAUUGCGGAGCGCGGCGAUGAAAACAGCCUGAUCAUAGAGCGAAUCCUGAUUCUUAUUAGGAAUGUGUUGUACAUUCCUUCUGAUUUGGACAGGAUACGUCGUCCAGACAACGACGCCAAUGUACACGACCAGGUUAUAUGGGCCCUGCAUCAGUCCGGGAUGAUUGACAUCAUGCUUUAUAUCGUCUGUUCGGGAACAGAGAAGCUUUAUCAUAUGCAUGUAAUGGAAGUGUUGUAUUUUAUGCUUAGGGAACAAAAUCCGACCGAAUUGGCUCAAGCUGCUCUUCAACGGAGUCAAACCGAAAAAACUAAGGACGAAGCAGAACUGUUGGCCAUACGCCAUCGAGAAGUUCAACAACGACAGCAGAAGAUGAAGAAGUUCACCAGUGCAAGGCAUUCGCGUUUCGGUGGGACAUACGUAAUCAAUUCCAUGAAAUCAAUAAGUGAUGAAAAUAAUCUUAUUUAUCAUAAGCCGUUGAACCGGUUGGAUGAUUUAAAUUUUGAUGCGGAAAAAGUUAAGCCAAAAACGCCAAAGAACAGAUUACCAGUCCGGGACGUAAUCCCCGAACAUCGUUCGGCCUUCAGCAUUCGGCUACUCCUCAAAGAGUUCUGCGUGGAAUUUUUGAACGGGGCAUACAACACUGUCAUGCAUCACAUCAAAAGCAUUUUGUCGAGGAGCAAAAAUCAACAACAUGACGAGUCUUAUUACAUGUGGGCUCUGAAAUUCUUCAUGGAAUUCAAUCGCAGUUAUAAAUUCGAAAUCAAAUUUGUCAGCGAGACUGUGUCGAUUCAGACAUUCCAUUUUAUUCAACAGCAAAUUGAGAAACAUUUUGACAUGAUGGUGACGGAUAAAGCGAAACUUCAGUUGUGGUCGCGAAGGUUGCACUUAGCCUUGAUGGCUUACAAAGAACUACUUUUAACAUUAAUGGCCAUGGAUAGGUCCCCAGACGGUUCCAUAAGGGACUCCUCUAUGGUGCUUAAGAGUAAUCUCUUCUACGUAGUUGAAUAUAGGGAACUCAUACUGACUCUUCUCAUAUCUUACGACGAACUGAAAAUGUCACAUGGUUAUCUGAACGACCUCAUCGAAACGCAACAUAUUUUUUUGAAAAUGCUGCAAUCCUUCUCUAGCAAACAGGACAACUUGAUUGUACAAAAGAAAAAUAAUAAUAAGAAGAAGCCGGCGAAAAAGAACAAGAAGAAGUCUGCACCUCUUACAGGAGCUGCAGCACCAGCGGCGGUCCGUCCCGAAAAGAAUUUAGAGAGUCUUUGGGAAGAAGUUUCUUCUCAAUUAUCCGCUGUUUUGGAAAACCCGUCGCAAAUACCUUCCGAUAUUGUGCCUUUCGAUGCUUCAUCUGAUACGCCCAUCGACGAACAAAAGGAAGAUGCUAUGAAAAAAAUACAGUUGGAGCUCAGGAAGGGCAACUUCGAGAUGGCUAUAGCGUUAUUUCGAGCAGCGAGGGAAGUUUGGCCAGAAAAUGAUUGUUUUGGAGAACCACAUAUUUCUCCCGAAGAAGAAUUUUUGGCGUUGGGUGACAUAUUCUUUGCUGAACUUGGAAAUCCUGUAGACCCUAAUGUCGAGCAGCAACCAGUCGAUGAAAAUGAAGAAGGAAACGACGAAGAAACAGAAGACGAAGGGGAUGAAAACGAAGAAGAAGAGGAAUACAGAAGGAGUACUGAAGUUGCAGAAACAGAUUUCAACUUCUCCGAGUUUUUGAAAAGAUUGGCCCAUCCGAAAGUUGUUCGAUCGUGCGCCUUGGUCCUGGCCAAUUUCGACAAAAAUUCCGUGACUGUCAACCACUGUUUGGUGAAGUUGUUACAUCGAAUCGCAUGGGACUGCAAGAUGCAUGCCAUGAUUUUCCAGCUGUCCAUUUUCCGAACAUUUCAGAGAAUUUUCGCCGCUAAGGAUAUGCCCCAGUUCAGCGAUUUGGUCAGAUUUGCAAAAUUCAUUAUGAGAGAAUUUUUCAAAACUGCCCAAAAAAAUAAGCACAUCUUCAUGGAGGUUCUCUUUUGGAAAAAUUCGAGAGAAGCGUUUGAUGUUGAAGAGGGAUACGGAUCAUAUCAACAACAAUCGUCAGCUGCCCAGAAAAUGUGGACGGAGUUGGAGGAAGAAGAGCUACGACGGCUAUUCAUGGAACAUCAAGAAAAGCGGAUUGAUGAGGACGUGGUGGAUUGGAUCCAAAGGAAUCUUAUCAAUAGCACAAGAUCUCGGCGUGGGAUCCUGAAAAAGCUCAAGGAGUUGUACCUUCUUACGGAGUACAGAGGACCAAAAAAGAAACCGAAAACAGCUAAUAAAAAUCCAGAUGCUUCUAAAGAAGAUGAAGAUCCUCAACUAGCUAGUACAUCUCACCAGGAAGAAGACCAGGAAGAGACUUCUCACGUAUUGUCCCAAUCAUCAUCAUCUUCAGAAGGAGAAGAUGAUGAUAUUGAUGAAAAUGUACGUAAUGCAAAUAAGGAAGGCAACGAAUCGUUGGUAAUAGAACCAAGAAAAAAAAUAAAAAAGCUGAAAACAAUAAAUAAACUAGGCGACGAUGAUGAUUCCAAAAAGAAAAGUGCUGCAAAUAAUGAUAAGUCAAAACAAAACAAAAAAGUAAAGAAACCGCGAAUGCCGAAGAAUGAAUCAAUAUCAUCUCAAGCCGAAAUUGGGGAAGAAAUUAAACCUAAAAAGAAAAUGAAAAAAUCGACCAUAAAUAAUAAAAGUGGACCAUCAACUGAAAUACACAAAAGUAAUAGUAACGGUGAUGCUGAAUCUGCACCCAAAGGAAGGAAGGAAGUAAAGAAAAAGAAGAAUAAAAGAAGAAAUUUCAACCCUAAUCUAUCAGCAGCUGCAGUAGAGAACACCCCGUAUAUUGAAACUGAGGACAUCACAAAGGCUGCUAAUGAAAAUGUAAGUUCAAAUAGUGCUAAUGAAAAUCAAAACGAUUCUGAUCUUCCAAAUAACAAAAGUCGUCGAAUGCAUAAGAGAAUAAGGGUGGAAGAUUCUGAUUCUGAUGGUGGUAAUGACAGCAAACGCUACAAGGGUGAAAAUUAUUCAAAUAUUUCGGGGAACGAAAAUUCUAAUGAAAGUAGCACAGGUCAAGAAACAAAUACGAAUUUGCUAGAAGAAAAUUACAACUUUGAAUCAGAAUCUUUCAACUUUAAAAAGAAGAAAACUAGAAUGCUAUUAGUCAGCGAUGACGAGGAAGAUUAGUAUUUUAUUUCUUUUUAUUUUAAACAUUUUUUUUAACGUUUUAUUGUCAACCGUAAUAGGUUUCUAGAAGAAACAUUCAGUUUUGCUUUUAAUACAUUACUUAACUUAAGUUUUAAUCUGUAGUUAACACUAA